GUCUCGCUCUCUCUCAUCUGUUUCGUCUCUUUUGCCCAGCCCGCCCAUUCUUCCCUCGACCAAUUCUUUUUCCUACUUCUAUCAACCACCCAAUCGCCCUGUUUCAACUCCCUUCUCUCCCAGCCAUUGGACCCAAUCAACCUCGCCCUCUCAAAUCCAUUCCAUCACCGCUGCCAUUCACAGUCCAUCAUUGCUUCUAUCCACUCAUCUUGCCUCCUGUGACCAUCGCCUUAGCGAUUCACAGCCAUUCACCUCACCGUCUCGUCGCUGCUCACGUGGGUCAGACAGUAGAGUCUAGAGACAAACGGUGAGCAAUCAUCGCUUGCCAUCCGCUCCCCAGCCUUGGGCUCAAAACGCCUUCACAAUUGGGCAGUCCCCAUCAGCUGGUCGUUGCUCUUGAGUGGUUGCCCUUGAUCUGGUAAACAAUCGCAACCUAUCAACUUCAUCCCGUCGACGAUUGAACUUGAGCCUCGUCGCGUCAAGCCAUCGUCGCAUUCAUCAACGACGCGCACAAGCUUGCAAAAGGGCAAGCUUAGAGCUCUUCUGGCUCAGAUUUUCGGCUGCUAUUUCAUCCCUAAGCAUCCGCCCUAAUUCCAGCUCGUCCCGGCACCAGCCAUCAAGCCCAGAGCGCACCAGCAUCAGCACCAACACUGCGCACCGCUGCCUGCCCUGCCCUACCUUUUGCACUCUGCUGCAGGUGCCAACUCAACCCCGACCGAUCCUCGAUUUCCUUUCCCCUCCCCUCCCACCUCACUCACACAUCAUCCGCGGUAACCCUUGGAAUCCUUCCUAUUCCGACCCUGGUCUCCUCACCGCCGUCACUGCUGUCGGGCCUUUCCACCACAACUCCAUCUUCCACCUCCCGCACCUAUCCUCACCAUUUCCAUACGACCACUUUCUUACCUUCCACCACUCGCAUCACACUUACAUUACCGUCGCAUUCAUUCCACCUGGUAGUCCCAGAUCCAUCAUUACCUCCCUUUGGACCUUCGGCAAAUUUGGCGACCUGUUUCAUCGAGUGUAACCGCCUCCAUCGCCAUCGACAAUCCUCACCAUCUUGUCGCAAUCUGGCGACACUUGCACAACACCUUCACUUCCCUCUUUCUGCAGUCAACUGCUUCAUUUUGGGCACCAAUACAAGCCCCGAUCCAUCCGUCACCGCCCGACCAGGAACAGAUCCUAGUCUGGACUCUUGUGGCCGUGUUACGAAGCUAAGCUCGCCGCGUCGCUGACGCCAGUACACGCCCUCGAAUCAUCCCGCUCCCUCGCCGCUCCUCCCUCAAACCCAAUCCCACUGCUCCCACACAUCAAGCUUCUGGAAAGCGAAACUCGUCAACAAACAACAAGAGCCUCAAACAGGUUCUCUCCUUUCCAGCUUGAUUCCCAUACUUCCCGGCCCAAGCACCAGCCACCUUCAGACAGCUGACCGGCGCCUGACUUGCUUGCCUCCGUACCUCCGCCGACGGUACAAGGACAACUCACCAGCUUGUGCAAGGACUGGCUUUCCUGCACGAAGGCCCAAUACGUGAGGCGCACUCGACCUGCGCCAAACGCUUGUGAGGUUGACUCGCCAACCCGUUGCCUCAUUUGGUGACCUCACAUCAUCAAAUAUCGCCCACUGUUAAGUGAAACAAGUCCAACAGAUCCAGCGUCGACGUUCCUGCUCUCCAGGCUUGCGCUCUGCUCUCGGAGACCCUCACUCCUAGCCUGGCUCUGUGAUCCAGUGACUUGGUUUCCCUGCGCUAGCUUCUCGCACCAGGACCAGUCCUCAUCCCGCCCUCUCUCCUCUCCCCCUAUCAUCUUGCUCAGCUGCCAUUUCCCAGCUUUUCAAGUCAUAACAGCCCCCCCAACUGUACCCUGAUCAGCGCAGACCUGAGUCCCGUCUACCGCUGUGCCUUAGCUCCCGGCCCUUCUGCAUCCUUGGUACCUGCGAAUUCUCAGGCGACCAGAUAUCGAGCUCACGGGUGACUGCAUCGCCAUUCACCUAGCUUUGCAUUAUCAUCAGAUUCAGUGCACCACAACCCUUCUACCCUUUUACAUUCACUAUGGAGUAUCCUCCACAGUAUUCACAGCAUUCACAGCACGCACACCUGCAAGGCGGCUAUCAGACCUCACCCCAAAGUGCGGGUCCAGGUUCUUUGCAGUCUCCCUCCGGCCAGUCUCAUCUGCAACAUAACAACCCCAACCAGGCUUCACCUAUCCUCCCGUCGCAGACCCAAAAUCAUUAUCAGUCUCAGUCAGCUGGCGGAGUUCCCAUGGGCUACCCGCAAUAUGGUGUCGCCGGUGCCAUGGGCCAAGGUUACGGCAUUUCACCCACACAGGCUGCCGCCAUGGCUACUGCCGCGGCAUCAGGUCAAAUGGGUACUAUGCCUUCCGGAGUGGGCAUGUCACAGCCAAAUCAAAUGAGUCAGCAGAGACGGAUGAGCCAACAUAUAACCAGCCCUCACGGUCAAGUCUCACAACCUGUCCUGAAUCACAACAUGCCGCGCCAAUCCGUUCCUCCUACCAUGCCACCUCCACAACAAUCGGUACAGGCACCUCAAGAAGAGAUCGUUGCUGGGGGCGCAGAAGAGUCGCCCCUUUACGUGAAUGCAAAGCAAUUUCACCGCAUCCUCAAACGACGCGUUGCAAGGCAGAAGCUUGAAGAACAAUUGAGACUUACUUCCAAAGGUCGAAAACCAUAUCUUCACGAGUCUCGACACAAUCAUGCUAUGCGCCGUCCUCGAGGACCCGGCGGCCGUUUCUUGACCGCCGACGAGGUUGCCGCCUUGGAAAAGGGUGAAACCAUUCCCGGCAUGGAGAAUGGCACACCUGCCACAAAAGACUCCAAGAGUGCCACAUCUGGCACCAAAAGGAAGGCCGAUAGCGGCGACACUGAAACGCCCAGCAAAAAGUCCAAAGUUGCAAGCGAGAGUGCCGAGGAAGAAGACGACGACGAUGCUGAAGAAGAUUUGAGUUGAGCAAUCCUCUCAACUCCCAGCCACAACGAUUCUCCUUAUCAUCGUCUCCUUUCCCUUUCGAGCAUCUUUGGGUUUGCCACUUUAGCAAGCGUUGACGUUGUCCAAUGGCGGAUAUUCUGCUCUACUUUUGUUGAAGGUCUUUCCUAAUCUUGAUGCUUGCUGGACUGGCUAGGAAUAAUCUCUACUUUCCUUUGUCUAUCAACACAUCCAACACAGAGUGCUAUGGGCCCACGCCACGAAAUGCUUAACACCCCUGACGAAAUAAGAUUCGUUGCACAGCGCCUGAGCUCUUUCUCAAGGCGCUCUUAACCGGGCACACAAUACUGCCCCUAUCUUGGAGCUUUUGCCUCCCUUUACAUGUUCUUUGGCCCAAGGCCCAGAUUGUCCUUACAAACUGUCAAAUUUGUUGCCAAGCAUACUCCCAACAUUUAGCUAAAGAUGCACGCCCCGGACACCAGCCAAGAUGUUAUCAGUUUGCUCUGAAGCAGAUGUCCCUCCUGCGUUUGUCUCGAUCGUUUUCACCGCACCUUUGAGAUAAACCAGAAAGCUCUCAUCGCCGUUCAUUUCUUUGCAAUGCAAGCCAUGCAAUGACUCGAGCGGGUUACAUCUUCUGGAGUCUGGAAUCAUGGCUGCGCAAACCUUUACUGGAAAUUCCCCCCAGACGCCUGGGCGGACCAAGGCCCUGGAGGCUUACGGUGCGAGAUGCACCACCAGCUUCUGGCAUGAGCCCGGGCGCCUUCGCAUGGACUGGGGAGUUCGACAUUCUCUACAACUACCACGAUCUUUUAACGCCUAACGACGAUUUUCCUUGUGCGUUGCUGCUCUACUCUUCUUACAAAGUGUUUUUCAGAUAUUGUUUGCGGUGUCAACACACCUACCGAGGAACAUAAGAUUUCUGCGCAGUACAGUGGACGUGAUGCUCUGAGGGGCGAAAGUUUCUUUGUGUUCUUCUCUCGUUGAUGGGCUUUCCUGAGAACACAGGUCUUUUCAAAAUUCCUCAAUAUCAACUUUUACCAGCUUUUCGUUAUGACUUACGACCAGGGAUCAAUGCAUCUGGCCAAGCCCAGGACAGGACAGGCAUGGAUAAGCUCAGGAAGCUAUGGGUGGAUAUUGGGUUGAGGAUGUGCUGGCUUCGCUGUGGAGCAGUGGACCAAUGCACUGGGGCCCAAGAGUUGUGCUUUAGCCUUGUACUAAGCUUCGACCUGUGGAGUGACGUCUCGGCCACUGACGCGGCGACGCUGAAGUACAUGGUGGAGAUGUUGAUGGCCUGUGAGCGGAGGAAGAGAGCUGAUUUGAGGAAUGCGAUGUGGCGCACGACCAAAAGGAAUCUCGAAGCGGCGGAGAGUUAGUCGCCUUGCGACACAAGGGGAGGAAUACGAAGGAGGCACGAACGCUAGGUUUAUUUGCACAGAUUGUCGAUGGGUGCGAUGCCAUGGGGCAGAGGAGUUUUGCCUCGACUGGUCAAAAUGCGCUAGCCGACACUGCUCUGCCUUUUUGGCUUUUCUUUGUUUCAACUUGUUGCACAUGAAAUGAAUUAUACCUGAUUUAAUCCACUCGAAA